UUCUCAUUUUCCUCAAUUAUCCGCCCUCCACUUCCAUACACACUCUCUCUUUCUCUCUCUCCUUCGCUUUUUCUCUCAUAGGGUUGAUCGCCGGAACCACUACCGUCCGAUCAAGUAGCCGGCAUUCUGGCGAUCCGACUCAGAUGACUUUCAUUUCGGAUCCACCAACCACCACCCACAUCUCUCUCCGAUUCGAAACUCCAAAGACGGUACAUUUCUUGGUUCCGCACGCCCCUUUUCAGUUUCAAUUUCGUCUUCCGACGCAGAAAUCACAAAUUGAAUAAGAGUUGCAGGGAUUGAUUGAUUGAUUGAUUGAGAAUCUGGGGUUGUUGUUCCAUGCAUGCUGAAUCUGAUCGCCAAUCGUUUUUUUUUUUCAACAUCUCCGAGCUCGUUUUGAUUCCAAUCCAAUCCUCACCCCCAAUUCUAGGGUUUAGGAUUCGUUGCUGCAUUGGGAAAUUAUGUUCAAGAAGAUCAUCAAGGGAAACAAGAAGCCCUCCAAGUCCGAUUCUCAUGAUCCUUCGUCGUACGGGUACGGCCCGCCGGGGACCCAAAAUUACGGGGCAGUCGCGAAUGUGGUUGUAAACCACGCGUCCCUGGCCGGGCCGGCUGCUUCAGGUCCCAAUUCGGGUGGGGCUCCGGGGAUAACGGCGUUACCGCCUUCGGGCACCAUCGAGCCUCAUCCGUUCUUCCGUGACGCUCCCGUCUCCGAACGCCAGACCCUGUUUCUUCGCAAAUUGCAGGUUUGUUGCUUUCAAUUUGAUUUCUCUGAUACCCUUAAGACCCCUAGAGAAAAGGAAAUUAAGCGUCAAACCCUUUUGGAAUUGGUUGAUUUCAUACAAUGUGGGUCGGGUAAGAUCACCGAGACAUGUCAAUAGGAGAUGAUCAAAAUGGUUUCUGUUAAUAUAUUUCGUUGCUUGCCCCCUGUGUCUCAUGAAAACACGGGCCAAGAGAAUGCCGAUCCUGAAGAGGAGGAGUUUUAUUUGGAGCCAUCAUGGCCUCAUUUGCAGUUGGUUUAUGAGCUCCUUCGUAGGUACAUUGUGUCAUCUGAUACUGUUACCAAGGUUGCCAAGCGUUAUAUUGAUCACUCGUUUGUGUUGAAGCUACUCGAUUUGUUUGACUCUGCUGAGGACCCGCGUGAGCGUGAGUACUUGAAAAACAUUCUUCACCGAGUAUACGGGAAGUUCAUGGUGCACCGACCCUUCAUCAGGAAAGCCAUCAAUAACAUAUUCUAUCGGUUUAUUUAUGAGACUGAGAGGCACAGCGGCAUUGCUGAGCUUUUAGAGAUUCUUGGGAGCAUAAUUAAUGGGUUUGCACUACCAAUGAAAGAGGAGCAUAAGUUAUUUCUUGUUCGGGCACUUAUACCGCUGCAUAAGCCGAAGUCAAUUGCAGUUUAUCAUCAGCAGCUGUCCUACUGCAUAACCCAAUUUGUUGAAAAGGAUUACAAAUUGGCAGAUACGGUUGUUAGGGGUCUGUUGAAAUACUGGCCUUUGACCAAUUGCUAGAAGGAAGUUCUUUUCCUUGGAGAAAUUGAAGAAGUUCUGGAGGCUACACAAGCUGCCGAAUUUCAGCGUUGCAUGGUUCCUCUUUUCAGACAUAUUGCUCGCUGCCUCAAUAGCUCUCAUUUCCAGGUUGCGGAACGAGCACUCUUUCUGUGGAAUAAUGAGCACAUUGUGGGUUUAAUUGCUCAGAACCGGAAUGUCACUCUACCAAUUAUUUUUGAGGCAUUGGAGAGGAAUAUCCAAAGUCACUGGAACCAAGCAGUUCAUGGGCUGACCGUCAAUGUUCGAAAAAUGUUUUUGGAAAUGGAUGCUGACUUGUUUGAAGAGUGCCAGAGGCAGCUUGCGGAGAGAGAGGCCAGGUCCAGAGAGGUGGAAGAACAGCGGGAGUUGACAUGGAAAAAACUGGCAGAUGCGGCAACACAGAGAGGGGAAGAUGAUAUGGUUACAGCCUAAAUGAUCAACGAGGGUUUCAUGUGCCCCCGCAAUUGGAAAAUGAAUGGAUGGAUUGAAGAUAAAUCCUCUCCUCUCAUUUUGGUGGUAUUCUUUUUUAAUAUAUAAUUUUUGUCUUUUAAUUUUUUGAUCUCUGUUCCAAUCAUUGAAAAUAUCAGAAGAAGCAGUGAUAAAUGUAAUUUAAGAUGUACGGAAUUUGUUAGCAAUAUGCUGCAGAUUAAGAAUUAUUUGUGAAAUAUAUUGUGCACUUCCCCCCCCA